AGAUUUCUCGCUCGUUUGCGUGGACUUGAUUUUCUGCUCGCUUGAGUUUCGGCACGAAAUGGAAGUUUGAAAGUAUUUUUCCUGUGCUGUGGUCUGAUCUAGAGAAUCUUGUCGAUGUGGGGUAUGUGAACUUCUUAUGUGAGAGACGAACGGAGGAGUUAACACCUCUAUGACAGUGAUGUCCGCUAGUGUGAGGACUCCCUUGCAAACCGUCCCGGAGGCCCUACCUGCUGAUCACGUCACCGUGCCUAGGAAUAAUAUGGUUGACGGCGAUGGAGGUACGACCCGUGGGGGAAACGAGCGUAGCAGCGGAGCAAGCGAGCGCACAAGCUCGGGCAUCGAGCGUGAACGCGUCGUUGGCGGCGUCUCGUCGUCGUCAUCGACGCGAGUUUCAUCGCGUCGCGGCGAGGAGCCCGUCGUCGGCAAGUACAAAUUACUCAAGACGAUAGGCAAAGGCAACUUUGCCAAGGUGAAGUUAGCGAAGCAUGUUCCCACUGGAAAAGAGGUUGCGAUCAAAAUUAUCGACAAAACCCAGCUCAACCCCAACAGUUUACAGAAGCUGUUCCGGGAAGUGAGAAUUAUGAAAAUUUUGGAUCAUCCAAAUAUCGUGAAACUCUUCCAAGUUAUUGAAACGGAAAAGACAUUAUACUUGGUGAUGGAAUAUGCGAGUGGCGGUGAGGUUUUUGAUUACCUUGUGUUUCAUGGGCGGAUGAAAGAAAAGGAGGCGAGAGCCAAGUUCAGACAAAUUGUUUCAGCGGUGCAAUACUGUCAUCAAAAGAAGAUCAUUCAUAGGGACCUAAAGGCGGAGAAUCUUCUUUUAGACAGCGAGAUGAAUAUUAAAAUAGCAGAUUUUGGAUUCAGCAAUGAGUUUACGCCCGGAAAUAAGUUGGAUACUUUCUGUGGAAGUCCCCCUUACGCGGCCCCAGAGCUUUUCCAAGGCAAGAAGUACGAUGGGCCAGAAGUCGACGUAUGGAGCCUCGGUGUGAUAUUGUACACGCUAGUUAGUGGGAGCCUUCCGUUUGAUGGUGCCAACUUGAAGGAACUGAGGGAGCGUGUUCUGCGGGGAAAGUACCGGAUUCCGUUCUACAUGUCAACUGAUUGCGAGAAUCUGCUCAAGAAGUUCCUCGUUCUCAAUCCCUUGAAACGAGCAUCCCUGGAGACCAUCAUGAAAGACAGGUGGAUGAACAUUGGUUACGAAGAGGACGAGCUCCGGCCGUUCACGGAACCGGAGACUGAUCUCGGCGAUCCAAAGCGCAUUGACCAUAUGGCUGUUACAGAAAUAUUGACUGGAAUGGGCUAUUCGCGGCAUGAUGUCGAGGACAGCCUGCGGAACAGUAAAUUCGACGACGUCUACGCCACCUACCUCCUCCUGGCGCGGCGGUCGUCCGAUUUGGAGAGCAACGACUCCCGGUCUGGAUCGUCGCUGUCUUUGCGAGCCCUAGCGUCCGGAAACCCGUCAGCCGGCUCGUCGGCGGCAGCCGUGGCCGCCGCAGCAGCGGUUACUGCAUCUGCAACCGCCGGCACCGGCUCCGUUUCCGCCGGAGGUACAUCUUCUCCUUCCCACUCCCAUUCCCACUCUUCUCACCCGCAUUCCCGAGUCCAGCGGUCCAUAUCCGCUACUCAGCCUAAGGCUCGCGACCGUCGGGCCUCAGCUGCCGGGGAGCAUGUUCUUAGAACGACGGGGAUGGCGUCAGGAGGUGCAGCAUCCGUGAACGCGGAAGGCACGCGCGCGCUCAAGGAGAAAGAGCCAGGGCGAGUUAAGUCUGCUACCACAGGAAACACUCAAUUGCCCAUUGUCGACGGCGUGGGUAGUUUGCGUCUCUCGAACGCCCGGCCACCACUGAAGAAUCAAACCACGAUUCCACUCUCUCCAACAAGCCAGAUAGGCAACGUUCCAGCUGGUGCGAUGGUGAACACCGCUAGUCCGAAGGCAAGGAUCCCGAAGUCCUCGACCAUGACUGGAAACCGAACCAUCGGACCGAGCACCCUCUUGUGCGGUCCACACGCUGCCAGGCGCUCAACGUUUGAACCGAAAUCGUCGGGCCCGUCUUCACUGAAUCCAGAAAUAAAACCGACUCUUCUGGAGUCAUCUUCGGAGACUCACUCGGCCAGGACUGCAAUAUCGCCUGGUGGAAGUGCGAAUAUGGCAUCACGCACAGCUUUUCCGAGAGGAGUUCCGAGCAGGAGCACGUUUCACUCCGGACAAACACGGGCUCGGGUCGGCGGGGGCUACGUGGGUAACGUCAUCAUGCAACCAGAAGGGCCGUUUUCGCAAGGAGGAAGCAUGAUCCAUGGCUCUCGUGGAACGUCUUUCUUCUCUCGGCUAUCCCGCUUCGCAAAACGUAAUGGACAAGAUGUCAUCAAGUCAGAGGAAGUCAGCAAGACCCGGCCAAUGGAAACCACGCCGAAGAAAAUUGCACUAGACAAAUUCAUCUUUCGAGCAUCUGCUCUUGACAAUAAACUUGCCCGAAGACCCGCGAAAUGUCAACUAAAAACGAGUUUGGCAUUGCAGGUGUUAGAUGCGAACAAUUGCGAUUAUGAGCAGAGGGAGAAGUUCUUGCUGCUUUGCGUGCACGGUGAUCCCAACUCGGACUCUCUGGUGCAGUGGGAGAUAGAGGUUUGCAAGUUGCCUCGGCUUUCGCUCAAUGGAGUCCGCUUCAAACGAAUUUCCGGCACAUCAAUUGGCUUCAAGAACAUCGCUUCCAAGAUCGCCAAUGAACUGAAACUGUGA